CGUUCCGCACGUUUUCUAUCCGUCGUCUGCUGUGCGCGUAGGGCGAACUAAACUGAGACGGCCCGAAUAAACGUUCGACAAAUCCUUGUGCAUUAGGAAGAUGAUCAAAUCAGCAUUAAGGCUGCUGGCCUACCCCAGUUUUAAGGAUCGAUUAUUAUCUCCAAGCCUGUUCAGCGAAGGUGGGAAAUUUACAGGUUCUACGAAUAUUUGGCGAAAUUUUCACGCCACAACAAGAUGUCAAAAAGCAGAGGACAAGAAAAUGAUGCUGGCAUCUUUACCGCCUGUUGACGAAGGAACCAAAGGAGAGAAGUCAAUACAGAUCGACAAUUUAUUAUCCAGUUCAGAAAUAUUGUUUCCCGAUGAAACUACGCCCUUCAGACUCCAUGACGGAACACCCUACAAGGAUUUACCCAUCUGUAACAUCAAGGUUUCACACAAUAACACAAUCAUCAGCCUAACCGACUGCCACGGAAAAGUGCAAAUGAUACACACUUGUGGGAAGGAGGGAUUCAAGAACACCCGUAAAGGCACCAACAUCGCCGCUCAAGCCACAGCCACUACUUUUGGCGCGAGAACGCUUCGAAGCGGCAUAAAAACCGUUCGUGUUCGCAUUCGAGGCAUUGGGCCUGGUAGAAUGUCAUCGAUAAAAGGUCUGCAAAUAGGAGGGUUGGACAUUGUGUCUGUAACGGACAAUACUCACGUGUCCUGGACCCCGCCGAGGCCGCGAAAAGCCAGAAGAUUGUAAAUUAUUCAAAAGAUAUUAUCGGUGUGGUGGAAAGGCAAACGUAGACAUAACCAUUCAUUGCUUCGCACAUGAACAUGCGCAUAUUUACUCCAAUGUUGUAUUCACUGAUUAGUAUAAACAGAGAAGUAAACAUUUGUGGACUAUUUUGUAACUACUGUACACGUACAUAACCAUACAAUGAUUAUUUCUUGAAAUAAAUAUGCCGAAGAAUCGCAAAGUAGGAAUA